AUUUGAAUUAUAUUGAAUGUUGUACUCAGAGCCAGUUUCAAAGUUUUCGGUCAUCAGCUGACUUGUGACAGGGUUACUAAAAUUCAGGGUGUAAUAGUGGCAUGUGGUGUUUAUUAAUAAUCUUAAUAUAUACCAGUUGUUGGAGUUUAUCAAUUAGAUCAACGUACUAGAAGUCAAAAAGCUUCCGACAUAGUCACGUUACUUAAUUUUUGUAUCUCAAAUUUCACCAUCUAAAUUACUUCAUCGUAAAAUAUGAUCAGCUUGGGAGCGUAUGAAUACAAUCCAGCGGAUGUUCUAGGUAAUGGGGCAUUCGCGAUCGUAUAUAAAGGGAGAGUUAAAAAUAAUCCAGAGGAGCCUGUGGCAAUAAAAAUCAUGUUGAAAGAUCAAAAUGUCCUUAAGUCGAAGACGCUUCUCAGCAAGGAAAUAUGUGUCUUAAAAGACCUUAACCACGACAAUAUCGUCCGACUAUAUGAUCACAGUAUCUCUAGCAGUGGAGUCUAUUUGGUAAUGGAGUACUGCAAUGGUGGUGAUCUUUCCGAAUACUUACAGGCCAAGCGCACUUUACCUGAGGAUACAAUCCGUCACUUCCUAAUACAGAUUGGCUCGGCUAUGGACGCUAUGAAUAGGAAAGGUUUUAUGCACAGAGACUUGAAACCGGGUAAUAUCUUGUUGAGCCACUGUAGGGAUUGUGGUCAUCAUGUCACUUCUAUUCCUGGUUAUCUUCUCUCCUUCAAGCUAGCGGAUUUUGGCUUCGCUAGAUUUUUACAAGAUGGGAUGAUGGCAGUAACCAUGUGUGGAUCACCUAUGUAUAUGGCUCCUGAAGUACUGAUGUGUCGUAAAUAUGAUGCAGUAGCAGAUAUUUGGAGUAUGGGCAUUAUUGUUUAUCAGUGUUUAACUGGUAAGGCUCCAUUUUAUGCCAAUACUCCAGAGGCUUUAAAAAACAUAUAUGAAAAAACAGCUUGUCUCAGACCAAAAAUACCUGUUACAACCAGUAAAGCGUUACAGGAUCUUCUAUUAAAAAUGCUUAUUCGUAAACCAUCGGAUAGAAUUGAUUUUCAAAAUUUCCUGAAUCAUCGAUUUCUGCAUCAACGACAUUUUGAACCUCGAGCUGGUUCUGGUCCAGAGUCAUCUGCAACACGAUCAUCUAUUGCUCCUGCCCUACCUAGUCGUAACAGACCAACAGUUCGAGGCUCUGGAAUUACUGUUCUUGGCCAAGGAACUGGUGAAGGCCCAUAUUAUCUUGCUCCACAAGAUGGUAAUCGUGGAAGAGAUAAAACACCUCAAGGAAAAGCAUCUAAUAAUCCACCUGGUUCAUCAAACGGUCCUCGUGAAUGGACUAAUCCAACACAUUGGUCAAAUAAUACAAGCAACAAACAACAACCUUUAUCUGGAGCAACUUCAUCAUCACCAUCAUCACAACACUCAACAGGUGAUUUCAGUCCAUUCUAUCCACAACAUACCGGAGCUGGUGUUAUACCUUUCAAUAAUUAUGAUGAUCCAGGCUAUGGUCUAGACGAUAUAGAUGAUGAAAUGACGAAAACUACCGUCGAUGAAUACAUUGAAGAUGAAUUAGAUGCAUCCAGUUCAUCACCAUCUAGUGACCAAAAUAACUUACCUAAACUGCCUUCAGUAAAACCACGUGAUUUUAUGCAUAUUGAUUCUAAUAAAUACCCUACAGAUAAUCAAAAUAAUCUUAACACUAACUUUUAUAGUUCUAAUCAUCAACAACAGUAUAUAUCAAACAAUUAUCGACCAUCAGUACCAACAAGACAGGAUGGAUUUAAUGUAGAUGAACAAAGAUCAACUGCAUAUCGAUUUGAUCAACGUGGAGUGUAUAUGAAUGCUGAGAUGGAAUAUGGUGAACCACCUCUUGAAGAUUAUGUUAUUGUAAAUUCAGAUGGUUCAGAAGUUCAACGUAUAGAUCGUGAACGAUUCCGUCAACAAAAUCAAUCGACUGAUCCACUUUCACAUAUGAGUAACGUUGGCCGAAUUGUUCGUAAUCCUGGAGCAUAUCUUACAAAUAAUAAUAAUCUUCAACGUAGAGGUAUGACAGAUAUUGGUCCACUCCCAGAUGUAACUAUUGGUACAAAUACAACAGAUACGCGAUAUCAUCAAUUACUGAAUGAUAAUCAUCGCAACUCUUCACCCACUCUCUUAAAUACAAACGAAAUUCCACAUGGUGUAAAUAAUAAAUUAGCUGAUCAGUACUUAAAUCAGCUGCCAGUCAAUUCUCGAAAUUCUCCAACUAGUCACAAGUAUAAUACUCAACCUAUAUCAGAACCAAACAAGGGAUCAACCGAUUAUACAAAAGAUAGAUCUCAUGGAACUCAAAUUAAUGAAGGGAACUUGUCAUCUCUUCCUCAUCACAAUACUGAACCGAAAAUAUCCUAUAUGGAACCUGUGAUGAGUAAUUUAAAUUUGAGUAAAACUGGAACUACCUUACAACAAAUUACUUAUCAAACUAACAAUAGACAAUUUAUUCAUCCUUCUGGUUUACAAACUAUCGCUGUUCAAGGUGUAGAUGGUGUUUAUCCUGUUAUCGCUACAGGUAGAAAUUUUGAGAAUGAUUUAACAUCCGGUGGUUUAUGGGAAGCUGCAGAGUUUUCAGAUGAAAUUUUAAUGGAGUCCGAACAUAAUGAAGAAAUUAAGAAAAUUACAAUGGUCCUAGAAUUGUGUGAAUUAUUAGCAGAAUUAGCUGAACGUCGAGCAUCUGCACUAGCUGAUUGUACUCCAACACGUGUUGUAAAUACAGAUAAUGAUAGUAAAACAACCACUACAGAUCAUUCUGCUGCUAAUGAUGGUAUAUCACUAGUUAAGCUGGACAAUCAACAAACUAAAUGUUCGUCGAAUACUAAUAGUCUUGAUAAUAAUCAUUCUGUUGGCAGUUAUAGUAAUAAUGGUAAUAAUGAUGAACAGGAUUCAAGCAAAAAUUGUCAACAAGCAUCAUCCACUGCAUUGAAAUUCGUGUCUGAAGCUCAAAGAAUUGUUGAACAAAUUGUACUUUAUCGACGUGUUCUUUAUUACUUGGAAUAUGUUUUUGAUCAAGUUAAAAAAGCCUUUCAAAACGGUCGUCUAAAAUCUACACCCACUGCAAGAAGACGUUUAGUCGAUUGUAAUACAUUAUACCAUCGUUGUUAUAUCCGACUUAGACAAUUAGCAAGGCAAUCACGUCGUGAAGAUUUAAUUGAACCAGUUGGUAGACUUUUAGCUAAUAUUACAGCUAAUCGUUUAAUAUUUCAAUAUGCAUUGGAUCAAUGUUAUGCUGCUGAAAUGGAUGAGUAUAUUGGUGAAAUCGCAUUAUCUCUUCAACGAUAUAAGGCUGGUAUCACUUUAAUUCAUGGCCUAUGUCAACAUGCUAAAUCACAAAGGGAUAAAACAUUAUUAUCGGAUUGUAUGCGGUUAUUAAGAGAACGCUAUGCUUGUUUAUGGUCGACUGCUACCAAACCGAAUCUACAAACAAUGCAUUAUCAACCUGAUACAACAAUGCCAACCACCACAACAACAACAACAAUAACUCAAUGUUCUAAUGACAAUCCUACAAAUAUUCUUUUACCAUCGGACAGUUUACCCAAUCCUAGUUUAAAUGAUCCAUCAUCAGAAGUGAAUAAUAAAUUCACUGUAACGGUUGGUGCAUUACCCAUGACUAAUUGUGCACCGAUCACAUCACCUUUACGUUGAUGUUAUAUGUAUACCAUACAUGCAUCUGUAAUUCGUUGUUAAUAUACUUUUUCUUUUGAAUUCACUACUACUAGCAUUACUAGUAUGUUUACCGUCAUUCAAUAAGUUAUCUCUAUUUGAACAUUAUAAUUUUAUCAAUAUCAUUAUAUUGACAAUCAGGUAGAGAAGAUGGGGGGUACCUCUCUUUUUGAAGGUAAUAAAAAAACGUAAAGUAAAUCAACUGUUUCUCUUUUAUCAUCAUAACCACUUAACUAUUAUUGCCAUGUACAAAUCCAUAUAAUUUUGUCCAAACUAAACUCAAAAAAACCAUCCACUUGAGUAAUAAACCAUUUACAUAUUUCACAUUUGUUUUUUGUAUUAUUACUAUUUCUCUAUUUAUUCAAUAUUAAUGUUUUAUAUUCUUGAAUAUUUUGUUUUUUUUUUGUUUUAAUGAUUUCAUUUAUUUUUAUGGUGUUAGUUAUGAAAAUAACAACAAAAUUACAAUGUUUAAUUGUAUUUAGGCAUUAAGUAACAUAAUAAUUAUGUUAUUUAGCUUAAUUUUGUUUAUUUAUAUAUUUUCUCUCUCUUUGUGUAUGUGUGAAUGCUUAUUGUCUGUUCUGUUCUGGGUUUUUUUGUUUUGUUUUGUUCGUUUAUUCAUGUUGUUUAUACUCUUGAACUGUUUCCUCGAAUAUUUUCCAAAUGUAACUGCAUAUUCUAUUUGAUGUUGAUCUGUAGAAAAUGCGAAGAUAACUAUAAGAUUUUAUUUGACUUUUGUAAUUUCUGAUGAUUAUAAAAUGAAUGUUUAUUACGGUGAAUAACCAUACAAAUUAUAAUUUUACUAUUAAUAAUGACAAAGGUGAUGUUGUGGAGAGGUGGAUGAAGCUACAAUUGAUCCUUUCCCAUCAAUCAAUAGUAAUAAUAGUUGUAUUAUAAUUAACAACAUUAACCCACUAAUCUUCAGAUAAUUUCCAUUUAUAUAUAUAUAUAUGUACGCUGGAAACAUACAUACAUAUGUGCAUUCAUGUUUAUUUAUUUUCUGUAAACCUUUAAAACAAACGAAUCACUAUUGUUUUGUGUGUUUAUUUGUUUGAAUACUCUUUUUUUCGGAGAAAGAAGGAGAAAAAAAGAACUAUUCUACUCAAUUACAGAUUAGCAGUAAGAAACUGAAAAUAUCGACUUUUUAGUUAAUGUUAUAUACAUAUAUAUAGGCUAGAAUAAGUAAAACUCGGUUUUUC